AGUUCCGGUACCAUUUCGGGGAGAAGAAGCUGCCAUGGAAGAGCCUGCAGCUCCCACUGAGCCCUGCGAGGCAGCCGGGGCUCCCGCAGGUGCCCAGGCAGCGGGGCAGGGCGCAUCUGAGCCCAGCCUCGCGGUGCGCCCGGUCUUACGGCAUUCUGCGGCUUCGGGCUCGGCCCACCUCCGCACGUCACGUCUGAGGCCUGCCCAGGCCUCAGGGGGAGGGGCUAGGCCCAGUCAGCUGCAGGGCCGGAGCUGCGGCAGCUGGACGAAGCAAGUCGUCUGCAGGUAUUUUCUGCAUGGGCUGUGCAAGGAGGGGGAGAACUGUCGAUACUCCCACGACCUCUCAGGCCGACAGAUGGCCAGGGAGGACCGCGUUUCACCGCCUGGGGCCUCCACAUACCUUGGCCCCAGCACAGCUGCUCACGUAGAGACCCUGCCACAGGAAGUGGCGAAAGCCCCCGGUAUUGCGUCCUCACGCUCCUUGCCUGUGAUUGGCUCGGCUGCUGAAAGGGGUUUAUUUGAAAGCGAGACAGGCAGUGCAGGCUUUGAAGCUGUCGGAGGAGCAGGUGCAGAAGGCUGGGAGAAUGCCGUUGAGUUUGUUCCCGGGCAACCCUACUGGGGCCGCAGGGUCCCUUUUGUCCCCGAGGCUCCUCUACAGAGCUCGGUGACUGAGAGGGAGCUGAUUUCUGUGGGCACAGGGAGGCAACUUUGCCGCGAUGCUGCCAUGGGGCAGUGCUUUCGUGGGGAGAGCUGUAUGUACAUCCAUGGAGAAAUAUGCGAUAUGUGUGGGCUGCAGGUCUUGCACCCCGUGGAUGCUGUUCAGAGGGCAGACCAUGUAAAGGUCUGCAUUGAAGCACACGAGAAGGAUAUGGAACUCUCGUUUGCGGUGCAACGCAGUUUGGACAAAGUGUGUGGUAUCUGCAUGGAGGUUGUGUAUGAGAAAGCCAACUCCAGUGACUGCCGCUUUGGCAUCCUCUCCAACUGCAACCACACCUAUUGUCUUAAGUGUAUCCGUAGGUGGAGGAGUGACAAACAGUUUGGGAACAGGAUUAUCAAGUCCUGCCCACAGUGCAGGGUGACCUCCAACUUUGUCAUUCCCAGUGAGUUCUGGGUGGAGGAGGAGGAAGAGAAGCAGAAGCUUAUUCAGCAGUACAAGGAAGCCAUGAGCAACAAGAACUGUAGGUAUUUUGCUGAAGGCAGGGGUUUCUGCCCUUUUGGAGAGAACUGUUUUUACAAGCAUGCACAACCUGAGGGACUCGGAGAGGAGCCUCAGAGGCAGGGUGCUGGGGCAUCCAGUACUUCCUGCGAUCCACUUUUGGAGCCUGUGCAGGUGGGAAAGGGCAGCAUGCCCUUUAAAAGCAAAAAAGAGCUUGUCAUGCUUUGGCUGGCCAAUUUGUUGUUUAAGUGUUCUUUUUCACUGGGAGAUAAUGAGCUCCCCUUCUCAGAGGACCAGUGGGACUUGCUUCAUUGUGAACUGAAAAGAUAUUUCAGUGUGAAUCUGUAGCAUUUUGAUGUGGCAUGUGGUCUAGUGUGCUGAGGCUCUGUCAUCUGCUAUUGCCUGUUUUCCCUUUAUAGACACAUCUAUCAUUUUCAGGGGCUGUGGAAGCCAUUUUUGUAGAGCAUCCAUCUCUGUUUUUGUGAGCAUUCCAUCUCAUUUCUUUCCCUCUAGUGUUAUGGUGUUUUACUGUGUUCUAAAAAAAAAGUCCUUAAAGUUAUUGUUUGGUGAAAUGAAUAUUGCUGUCAGUUUAUGGUUUAUUCUGUCAUCUCUGUUUUCAACAGGAUUGACUCAGUUCUAGUCUAGUGUUUACAAAGUUUCCACAGUCAUUUUGAAGUCCUUCAAGAAUAAAUGUGACAGGGUGAAGGGAGAAGUCUUAACUGAACAAGGAGCUUUUUGCUACUACAGCCUUAAGAAAUGGACCCUCGCAGGGCCUGUGGUACAGCUGCUCAUCUCUUGUUUACAUGUAUGUUCUUCCUCGCAGUCCCCUUCAAGUGCGUCUUUAACCUGCGGUUACCUCGUGGUUUUGUGUUUCAUGUGACCAGAACCAGGUGCAUAUGUUUACAGAUUUUAUCCUGUUCAGCUUGAUGUGAACUUACUUAUAUUUGAAAGUAUAUA